UGGGAAAUUGUUCGCUAAGUUUUGACCCUUCCAGCCCUCCGUCCGGUAUCAAGGCUUCCUCUCCUCUGCGUACUGUGUAAAUAUGCGGAUUAGAUACUUUUGUUAAAUUGUAUGCUUUCGUAUUUUCCCGAAAAAUUUCGAAGCAAAGGCAUUUAAAGGGACGUUAGGUUAUUCUUAAAUAAAAUGGAGACCGAAAACCGACCUCAAAAGAGAUCCCAUGACGAGGAUGAAAGGACUGGCUCAGAAGGAUCGGAGGAUGACGACUACGUUCCAUAUGUUCCAGUCAAAAUCAGAAAACAGCAAAUGCUACAAAAGAUGUUGCGCUUGCGAGGGAAAGCGGUGGAUGAAGAACAGAAGGAUAGUGGGGAGGAACAGAGGGAUGAAGAUGAGGCUCUUGGUCCACGCUCCCAUAUUAGUCUCCUCGACCAGCAUCAACACCUCAAGGAAAAGGCAGAAGCUCGGAAGGAGUCAGCCAAAGAGAAGCAGCUGAAAGAGGAGGAGAAGAUCCUGGAGAGUGUUGCAGAGGGCAGAGCUCUGAUGUCUGUGAAGGAAAUGGCCAAAGGUAUCAUAUAUGAUGAUCCUAUAAAAACAAGCUGGAAAGCACCACGCUACAUCCUGAAUAUGCCAGACACCAGACAUGAGCGCGUCAGGAAGAAAUUUCACAUCCUGGUUGAUGGCGACGGCAUUCCAGCUCCUAUCAAAAGCUUCAGAGAGAUGAAGCUUCCACCAGCAAUUCUGAAAGGUUUGAAAAAGAAGGGAAUCAUCCACCCAACACCAAUUCAAAUACAAGGAAUCCCAACAGUUCUUUCAGGUAGAGACAUGAUUGGAAUCGCCUUCACUGGAUCAGGAAAGACUUUGGUCUUCACUCUGCCGAUCAUCAUGUUCGCACUGGAGCAGGAGAAAAGACUGCCUUUCUUUAAGAGAGAGGGACCAUAUGGGCUUAUCAUCUGUCCUUCACGAGAGCUGGCGAGGCAGACACAUGGCAUCAUAGAGUAUUACUGCAAGCUGCUGGAGGAGGAGGGAGCUCCUCAGCUGCGCACAGCCCUCUGCAUCGGAGGAAUGUCUGUCAAGGAGCAGAUGGAGGUAGUAAAACACGGCGUCCAUAUGAUGGUUGCUACACCUGGAAGAUUGAUGGACUUGCUGCAGAAGAAGAUGGUGGGUCUGGACAUCUGUCGCUACUUGGCUUUGGAUGAAGCUGACAGGAUGAUAGAUAUGGGUUUUGAAGAAGACAUCCGAACCAUCUUCUCUUACUUCAAGGGUCAAAGACAAACCCUGCUUUUCAGUGCCACUAUGCCCAAGAAAAUCCAGAACUUUGCCAAGAGUGCACUGGUCAAACCCAUUACUAUUAACGUGGGCAGAGCAGGAGCUGCCAGCUUGGAUGUCAUCCAGGAAGUGGAGUACGUCAAAGAAGAGGCUAAGAUGGUGUACCUCUUAGAGUGUCUCCAGAAAACGUCUCCUCCAGUGCUGAUAUUUGCUGAGAAAAAGGCGGAUGUAGAUGCCAUCCAUGAGUAUCUGCUGCUUAAAGGAGUAGAGGCAGUGGCCAUACAUGGUGGAAAAGAUCAAGAGGAAAGAACAAAAGCCAUUGAAGCAUUCAAAGAAGGAAAAAAAGAUGUGUUAGUGGCCACUGAUGUUGCCUCCAAGGGUCUGGAUUUCCCAGCUAUUCAGCAUGUAGUGAACUAUGACAUGCCAGAAGAGAUAGAAAACUAUGUCCAUAGAAUAGGAAGAACUGGACGAUCGGGCAAAACUGGAAUUGCCACAACUUUCAUCAAUAAAGGCUGCGAUGAAUCCGUUCUGAUGGAUCUGAAAGCUCUGCUUGUUGAAGCCAAGCAGAAAGUUCCUCCAGUCCUCCAGGUACUCCAGACCGGAGACGAGACCAUGCUGGACAUCGGAGGCGAGAGAGGAUGUACAUUCUGCGGUGGUCUUGGUCAUCGUAUUACAGACUGUCCCAAGCUGGAGGCCAUGCAGACCAAGCAGGUCACCAACAUUGGAAGGAAAGACUACCUGGCUCAUAGCUCAAUGGACUUCUAAGAGUCUUUCAUUAGGGGCAAGAUUCUCCAGUGCUGAACAAAACUUGAAAGCAUUUCUUAGGAAACUGUACAGCAAUGUGUCACAUCACCGAAGAAAGGAAGUGGAUAUUAUAACCCUCCCAACAUUGUAGAUGAGAUGACUGAUUGCUUCGCCUUUCCGUCAGUUUUCUCACUUUGUAGCAUAGAUUUCUGCAGCUCUGUAAAUAAAACCACUAUAUUUGUUCUUGUU